GCUGUAGGGGAAGAAGAACAGUGUGGAUGAAUCAGGAACUGUUGUUGAGACUCUGGCAGAGAAAGAAAGUCUGUGUCCUCUGGAAGCAGGGACAGGCUACUUGGGGAGAUUACAAGGAAGUUGCUAAGGUAUGCAGAGAGGAAGUAAGGAAGGCAAAAGCCCAACUUGAACUCAGAUUGGCCUCUACAGUAAAAGAGAAUAAGAAAUCCUUUUAUAAAUAUAUCAAUGGUAAAAGAAGAACCAAGGAAAAUGUCCAUCCUUUAUUUGAUGCAGUGGGGAAUGUGACCACUGAGGACAAAGAGAAGACUGAGGUCCUCAACAUGUUCUUUACAUCUGCCUUUAAUAGGCAGAUCAGUUAUCCUCAGGACACUUUAUGCCCUGAUCUGGGAUGGAAAGCAGAAUAUAGCCCGCAGACAGUUAAAGAGCUCCUCAUCCAUCUGUACUGUCACAAGUCCAUGGGACUGGAUGGGAUCCCCCCUCAGGUGCUGAAGGAGCUGGCAGGGGUGAUUGCCGAGCUCUUCUCUGCCAUCUGCCAGUGUUCCUGGUUGUCUGUAGAGGUCUCAGUGGAUUGGAGGCUUGCUGAUGUGACAAGAAGGGCUGUAAGGAGGAUCUGGGGAACUACAGGCCUGGGUGAGAUCACACAGCAUGUGCAUGGCAUCCAGGGGAUCAGGCCAAGUCAGUGUUGGUUUGUGAAAGGCAGGUUUAGCUUGACCAACCUCAUAUUCUUCUACAACUGGGUGACCAGACUGGUAGAUGAGGGAAAGGCUGUUGAUAUAAUCUACCUAGACUUCAGCAAAGCCUUUGACACAGUCUCUAUAGUAUUCUCCUGGAGAUAACUGAAUGCCCGUGACCUGGACAGGUAUACCCUUCUUUGAGUAAGGAACUGGCUAGAAUUCAUUCUAGCUAUACUGCUAUUUGCCCGUGUAAAAAGUCAAUCUCCCAGCUGUUGAUAAGCCCCCUUUAAGGCUACAGCGAGGUCUUCUUGAGCCUUCACUCCUCCAAGCUGAAUAAUCCCAGCUCCCUCAGCCUGUCUUCAUAGGAGAGAUGCUCCAGCCCUCUCUGAUUGUCCUCAUGGCCUCCCCUGGACCUGUUCUGACAGCUUUCCAGCUUUACAUCUUCCUUGUGCCAGGGACCUGAAUAUACUACCCCAGAUGGGGCCUCACAAAGGCAGAGCAGAGAGGGACUAUCCCCUCCCUCUCUCUACUGGCUACCCCUCUUUUGAUGCAGCCCUGGACAUCAUUGGCCUUCUGGGCUGCCACUUCGCACUGUUGGUUCAAGUACAGGUUUUUGUCUACCAAAAUCCCACAUCAUUCUCCACAGGGCUGUUCUCAAAGAGUUUUCACACUCUGUAAGUGGGAAGAGAGAGAGAGAAAGCUUGAAGAUCUGUAGGAGUUUGCAAGUUUAUUAUCAAAGACAAUGCAGUCUUUUGACUGCUGAGUUGAUCAGUUUUGAUCUUGUCAUUAGUGUCAUAAAAAUUUAUUUGCUAUCAUGUCUUGUCAGCCUGACAGAUGAGCCAAUAUUUAUUAUGCAGAAUGUUUGGAAAUGAUAACGUCUUGUCUCAGUCGUGGCAGCCAGCAUUGCUUCCAGACACCCCAAGACACGUAGUGAUGCAGCUUAAAUUUUAUGUUUCUUGGUGAUAAGUCAUUAAUUUGACACCUUACUAAGGGUAAGAACAAAGUCUGUGAAAGUGGCAAUUGUACCACUCAAGUAAGUAUUUUGUAAAUAGCAGAAUACUUUGUAAUCUAUUUGCAAGGAUGAAAUGAUUCUUGUAAAGUGGCAGGCCAGGCAAAGGAAUUAAAACAUGCUUCUACACUUAAACACACAGUACAGUGUAUAAUUUACUGCUUCCUCUGCUAUGGCUGGCAUUGGCAUUCUGUUUUAAGUGCUUAACCUAGCGGAGGAAGGAGGAAAAAAAUAGAUGUGUUGAGAUCUUAAGGAUACACGUAUAGGAUAGAGGGCUGUGUUUAUACUUCUGUGUUUUCAUAUAGUACUAUGUUGCUGUUAGACUGCUGUUAGAAAGAACUUUUGUUCUUCUGCUAUUAUUUGUGUGGCAUUAUUAAGUAUUUACAAGACAGUAGAGUUAAUCAUUUCUAUGCUCGCUGAAUGUAAGUAUGCAAGUAAGCAAAUAUUUCAAUAGAACACAGGGUAUAACUGGAAAUAGUUAAUGGAUCUGUGGGAGCAAAACUACAUUCGGCAGCAAAAUAUUUGUCUUUGAACUUUGGAAUGGGACUGACAGACUUCUUUUUUUUUUUUUUUUUUUUUUAAAUGUCUGUCUGAAAGAAAAAAAACAAACCCAAACUGAAAAAAACAACCACUUUACUAAGUCCAGCAGUAACUUCAGAAAUGCUCUAUGGGCACUAAAGUAAGUAGUAAAAUAAAUCUGCCUGCCAUUUGCUUAGUUAUUUCAUCAUUCUGCUACAUUGUUUGACUUUGGUAGGAACAGCAAACCUGUAGUUUGCUACACAACAACAAGUAGUUGCAGACACAACAGUGUCUGUCAUGGUGGCCGGGCAUACCCUGAAAGAGAACAGCUGGCCUCAGGUCUCUGAAUGGUCAAUGAGAAACUUUAUUACAAUUUUACUGCCUUGGAUAACCUUAUGGAUCGUCUGUGGGAAAAUAAGCUUAUUCCAGGAUUUGAAUUGAUGGGGAAUCCAUCAGGAUAUUUUCUAAAUUUUGAAGAUAAAGGGCAAGUAAUAAGAUGGAGGAACUUAGUUACACUUCUGGCCAACAGAUACAUAGAUAGAUACGGAUUGGAGCAUGUUGCUAAAUGGAAUUUUGAAACUUGGAAUGAACCAGAUCACCAUGACUUUGACAAUGUGUCUAUGACAGUGAAAGGGUUUCUCAACUAUUAUGAUGCUUGCUCAGAAGGAUUAAGAGCAGCUAGUACUCUGCUAAAAUUUGGAGGACCUGGGGACUCCUUCCACCCCUUUCCCAAGUCACCCAUAUGCUGGAGUCUUUUGUAUCACUGCUACAAUGGAACCAACUUUUUCACAAGAGAGACUGGUGUAAGGUUGGACUACAUCUCUCUUCAUAAGAAGGGAGGUGGGCGUUCUCUCUACAUCUUGCAACAAGAAGUGGAAGCAGUUGACCAAAUUCAGAAGUUAUUUCCAAAUUUUGCUUCCAUUCCCAUAUACAAUGAUGAAGCAGAUCCAAUGGUUGGAUGGUCUGUUCCACAACUGUGGCGAGCUGAUGUGACAUAUGCAGCUAUGGUUGUAAAGGUAAUCAUCCAGCAUCAAAACUUACUAAUUGCCAAAGCCAACAACACCAUUAACUAUACGCUGCUGAGUAAUGACAAUGCCUUCUUGAGCUACUACCCGCAUUUCUUCACACAGCGGACUCUGACAGCACGUUUUCAGAUGAAUAAUACAAAGCCACCUCAUGUCCAGAUGGUGCGGAAACCAGUGCUGACUGUCAUGGGCUUGCUGGCACUACUAGGAGAGAAGCAGAUUUUUGCAGAAGUAAGCAGCAGUGAAGGUGAAAGCACUGAAAACAACACCUUUGGUGUCCUGGCAUCUGUGCACACUCCAAGUGAGCUGCAGCCCUCAGACAGUUGGCAAGCUACUCUGCUGAUGUAUUCAAGUGAAGAUAACAGGACUUCAUCCAAUAUCAACACCGUCACAGUGAAUGCCACCCACUUCCCCAAACUUAGAGAGCCAAUGUAUGUGAUGUAUUACCUGGACAACCACCAAACCAAUCCCUAUCUGAAGUGGAAAAAACUAGGAAGCCCUGACUUUCCUUCCCCGGAACAGUUCCAGCAAAUAAGGGAUGAUGAGGACCCAGUGGUAACAGGCCCCUUGCCUUUUCCUGAAAGUGGCACCUUGACACUGAAGCAAGACUUCCCUAUUCCAUCAGUCUUCUUGAUCCACGUCUGUUCAAGACCCAGUUCAGUUCCUGAUCAAGUGACUGGUGUUCGUUUCUUCCCUCUCACAAAGGGGCAGGUUGUUGUGCUGUGGGAUGAUGGCUGUGUAAAUUCAAAGUGUAUAAAGACAUUUGAAGUUGAGUUCUCACCAAAUGGAAAAGUCUACAAGAGGAUUAAUACCAAAGACACAAUAUUCACUCUGUAUGUCUACAGUCCAGGAAGCUCAGUCUCCGGCUUUUACAGAGUGCGCGCUAUUGACUACUGGGGAAAGGCAGGCCUGUCCUCUGUUCCUGUGGAGUAUGUUGAAGCUCUCAAGUGACUCUGAAGAGUGGUGCCUGGUUUGUUGACUGAGUGGUGUAUGCUUCCUGCAAAUGACAACUCCCCAGAAAAGUAAACUCCUCCCAAGCUAAGGGGGGAGUAUAGGAAGAAUGAAAGCAAGUUAGGAAUGCAAGUUAGAAGCAACUGCCCCUAUUAACUCUUCAGAGCUCAAAGACAGUGUUAUCAAACAACCACUGCUGACAACAAUUACAGGACUGGCAUUCAGUUUUGUAACCAGAAAUUAUUAUUUGCUAUUUUACACCAAUCUAAUGUGCAGAACAGCUGAAUAUUUAUGAAGACCAAAAACUGCAAAAGGAGCAAUCCCAUCACUUCACUGUAUGAGCGAGGAUGGCAGUAAAAGCACAAGGAGUACCUGUCUGAGAGUGAGCUGCCUGUUUCAGCUGCUUGGCUAUCUUGACAUACCAAGUAAUGGAAAAGCACACAGCAACCAGACUUUCACAUCCAGAUCAUGAAGUGAAGGGUCCUGUCUUUCCCACCGUUAAUCAUACGUGUUCCUGAGGGUUGUUUCAGAGCAAUUCCACUGUCUUUAGAUGUAUGAGGUUCUCACAAAGGAAGUUAUUGCCUUUAAGACUACAUUGCACCUGCUGCUCUAUGCCUUUGCCUAAGUCACCUUCUUGCCUUUGUGGAGGUCUUUGUGUUUGUACAGACCAUCCGUUUCUGCCUUUUUAGGGUGAAGACUCAAGCUUCAAAAGUUUCUCUUCCUCUCCAUUCCACUCUUACAUAAUCUCACUUCAGGUAACAUCUCUCCCCAUUAUGUUUCCCUUCUAGAGUUUUAUGCUUAGAUUGUAAAGGAGCUGCAGCUUGGCUUUGGAUUCCCAGGAAAGUUAAAAUGCUGGUUCAAGCCUUCUGUGUUACAGCAUAACAUACAAUUGCAUUUAACAGAGGACUGCAACUGACAACUAGCCAGGAAACUAAUCAAGAACAGUUUGAAUUUCCAUAUUCCAGAAACCACAUGCUACAGUGCGUUAUUGCUCCAGAUAAUGAGCUGCAGAACACCUCUGGCUGUCCUUGCAAAUGCCAAACACUUUAUGCAACAACAAAGUUCCUUGAAAUUGCAGGGGUGUUUUUUUUAGUCACCCCUCUUCACAGCCAGCACAGUUUGAACUGUGCCUUUAAAAUGCUUGUAGAGGGAAGGAUAAUGCCAGUGAAAACAGCUGGAGUGUUUUCCAUUAGAGGAGCAACUUUGUCACACAAACAUCUCCCCUGCUGCUCACUUUGGCUGACGUCAAACACCUCACCAGACUCACAACAAAGCUUGCAUUUUUGUUGAAAAACAGACCAAAAAAAAACACCCCAAAAAAACAAAACAAAAGAAACUCCAACAAGUUUGCACAGUAGGAGAUAGCUAAACUAUCUAAAAUGGCCACACAUUUACAACAUGGGAAAGAAAUGUAUACAAAAAGUUGGUGUAUAUCCAGUGAAACUUUCUAGUUACUUGUUCAUGUGCUUAUACCAAAAGUUAGCCUUAAAAGAUCCAUUUGAUCUCAGAAUUCAGGUGAAAUAUUUCUUUCCUCACUUAAGUUUGACUGAGGAGUGAUCGUUACAUCCAAUCUGCCAAUUCCUCACUUAUAAAGACUUGCACAGAACAGAAAAAAAACCAUCAGGGCCUUCUUAGCUGACAACUUUACCAGUUUCAAAAAAGCAUCAGUGAGAAGUUCUGCCAGAAUGGGGAUAGUAAAAAUGCAUUUUAACAUUGUUACAACUAGAUCCAAGUGAAGAAUCUGAAAAUGAAGGUAAGUAGAUCCACUAGUUAAGGUACAGAAUUUGCCAGUAUGAUGUGGAACCACUGAGAAAACAGCUUUUAGAAAUAAAUUUAAGUAUGGAUAGUGCAUCUGAAGCAGGGAAGAUAUAGCAGCAUGAGAGGACAGUUAACCUUAUUAGGACAUCGUAUUUAUGUAGUCUUACUCUGUGAUUUCCUGCACGGGCAACUACUGCAUGUAGCGGUUGUUUUCAAUGCAAGGACUAUGCAGUAGUUAUAAAAAUUGUAUUUACAAAAGCAGACCUGAGAAUAUUGUAGAUGCAGGUAGAAUCUAUUCUGUCAGGUCCAACUUCAGCCACCAACUUCAACUUGAAGAUCUGUCACUAGAAUCCUCUUUUAGUUCUCCUACACUGAGCAUCAUCCAAAGUGCGAAUGGUGCUUUUUCAAAUAUUUCACCGGCACUGGCAACAUGGAAAACAGUUGACCAAAAAUGAUGCAGUAACUGUUCAGAAACAAGUUUUACAUAUUCAGCAAGAUUUAUUUAUUUUUCUACUACUUCUUUGUUGCUUUAGUAUAAACUUCCUCCUUUAAUCAGUGAGCAAGUCUAAAUAUCUGUAAUAGAGGAGAGAAAGUUUCUAGGCUGGAACUUGUUUCCAGCAACGUAUGAACUUGCUGCUCUGGUCUUUUCUGUAUUUUAAUGACUACAAAAUCUGUUACUUAGUACUUGAAACAUGAGUUUUCUAUGACUGUUUGCCACUGAUUGUCUCAUAGGGCUUCCAACAUAGGGCUUCUUGCUUAAUUGUUCAUUUCUACCACCUCCUCCUUUACUGGGACAGCAGUUCCCCCAGCACUUUAAGCUUUUAUAAGUGCUGGAUGUGCAUAGUGGUAAGGGGGGAGUAGCAGGUACUCAGUGGUUUUUGUAGCAUCUGAGCCAAAGCAGCACUGCAGAGUACCCAGCUAGGUCUUUUGCUGGUUGAGCAAUACAAAUAAGAAAAUCUAAUUGCAACCUCAAGAUGAGAUGGUGUUCUUUUCAACAAGCAAAAGCUUCUGGAAUUGUUUUGCGGUUGUUUGUUAAAAUGAAUACAAAGGAAAAGGCUUUCAAGGGGAUACUUUAUGUUGUUUAACUGUGUUUUCGUUACCAUCUUUUGUGCUACACAAUAAAAUCAGUUUUUCAUCUCUGGUA